UGAAGAACACCAUCCGUCGUAAAGUUGGUCUGCAGGGAAAUCAAAGACCUUCUGCUCAGACUCCGCCAAUAAAAGUUCGUUUAGCCGGAGGAAAGACAGCCAAUACUGGAAUACUUGAAGUCAGGUACAACGGCAAGUGGGGUUUGGUAUGCAACAACGAUUGGGACAUGAAGGAUGUUCAAGUGAUCUGUCGUAUGCUUGGUUACCCUGGAGUAAAAAAACUCAAAACUACAAACUUUAGCCCUUUUAAUUGCAGGUCUUGGCUCGUGAACAACAGUUGUACAGGAGGAGAAUCGUCUAUUGGUUUAUGUAGUAAUGAUGGUUGGAAAAAGAGACUGUUUUGUAUGAGUGGCAAAUACGUUGUUGUAACUUGUAAGACGUAAACUGACAAAUGAACCAAAACGUACGCUGCUAAACUUGCACACAGACUUUCGUAUGAGUUUUGAUCCCAAUUUUCGUUUUGGGUUAACAUUCAAAACCUCUUUUAAACAGUUAGAAACUUAUGUACUAUGAUAAAAUGCCUGUUUGAAGCGG